CUCGCGCAGGUACGUCGAGCUUCUCGAGUUUCACUGAAACUUUUCCAGCUGCGGGGAAGGCGUGCGCAGAGGCUCCAAUUAGGGGCAGGUGGGAGGGUGGCUUUUUCUCCUAGCUGCGAGUGGGACUCUGAGUUUCGACUCGUUGGCGGCGAAUUCCCCGCCCGCCGGGUGUCGGAGCUGCUGGAAGGAUGCGAAGCCUGAGCGCGGCGUGGCUGCUGGGGGGCGUGAUCCUGCUGGGGACCUCUGCCUCCUGCAAUCGCACCGUCCUAGGAACCAGUAGACCCUCUAAAGGAAGAAGUCUCAUUGGUUACGUUGAUAACUCACCUCAGAUCACGGGGAGAGGAGCAACAGUGGAACCAGUCUUCUCUGUGGAUGAGUCUUCUGCCUCUGUCCUCACUGGAAAACUGACUACUGUCUUUCUUCCAAUUGUCUACACGAUCGUAUUUGCGGUUGGUUUGCCAAGUAAUGGCAUGGCCCUGUGGGUCUUUCUUUUCCGAACGAAGAAGAAGCACCCUGCUGUGAUUUACAUGGCCAACCUGGCCUUGGCGGACCUCCUCUCUGUUAUCUGGUUCCCUUUGAAGAUUGCCUAUCACAUCCAUGGCAACAACUGGAUUUAUGGGGAAUCUCUCUGCAAGGUACUCAUUGGCUUUUUCUACGGCAACAUGUACUGCUCCAUCCUCUUCCUGACCUGUCUCAGUGUGCAGAGAUACUGGGUCAUCGUGAACCCCAUGCUGUACCCCAUGAAGAAGGCGAGCAUUGCCAUCAGUGUCUCCCUGGGAAUAUGGCUGCUGAUUCUGCUGGUUACUAUCCCCUUAUACGCUGUGAAGCAGACCCUCUACAUUCCAGCCCUUAACAUCACGACCUGUCAUGAUGUUUUGCCAGAGGCGGUGUUGGUGGGGGACAUGUUCAAUUAUUUCCUCUCUCUGGCCAUCGGAGUCUUUCUGUUCCCAGCCUUCCUUACGGCCUUUGCCUAUGUGCUGAUGAUCCGGACCCUCCAAUCUUCUGCCUUGGAUAAAAACUCAGAAGAGAAGAGGCAGAGAGCCAUCAAGCUCAUCGUCACUGUCCUGGCCAUGUACCUGAUCUGCUUCACUCCUAGUAACCUUCUGCUCGUGGUGCAUUACUUCCUGAUUAAAAACUGGGGCCAGAGCCACGUCUAUGCCCUGUACCUCAUAGCCCUCUGCCUCUCCACCCUCAACAGCUGCAUUGACCCCUUUGUCUAUUACUUCAUUUCACAAGACAUCAGGGAUCACGCAAAGAAUGCUCUGCUUUGUCGGAGCGUCCGUACUGUAAAGCAGAUGCAAAUAUCCCACACAUCAGUCAAAUUCUCUAGGAAAUCCAGCUCUUACUCUUCAAGUUCAACCAGUGUUAAAACCUCCUAUUGAGUUUUCCAGCUCCUUGGAUGGAAGUUAGGCGGGGGGAUUUGGAACCUGAUUAACAUUAUGGGGAUGCUUCUGUUGUUUCCCAACCACAUGGGUUUCGCCACAUACCAUGUAUAUGCAACAGCUCCCAGGAUUGCUGGGAGUUUCCCUGUUUGCAUAAGGAAAGUCCCCCAAAUUAACAUAGAUGUCAGUUUCAGAAUUCCUCUACUCAGGUGCUCCUGGAAACGGAACUGAUGGAAGCAGACUUUUCAGAAGGUGGAGAAAAGACAGAAACCCAGUGACUUGCAAAGACGAGUAUUGGCGUGAAGACCAAGUUCUUAGCUAAAACUACAUUUUACAUCUGGGGUCAGUCACAACCAUGUUAGGGCUUCAGGGCCCUCAGAGAUGAUUUGUCCAAUUGACUGCUUUAAGGAUAAGGAAACUAAAGAGGUGAGGGAGCUGCCCAGAAUUAGGUUUCCAACCAAUGGCAAUAAGUUAGGACUGGACAGUUUUGAAUGGUCAGUGGGGUUCUUGUACCACCUCAUCAAAAUCCUUGUGGAUCAGGCUUCCCUGGUGGCACAGUGGUCGAGAGUCCACCUGCCGAUGCAGGGGACAUGGGUUCGUGCCCCAGUCCGGGAAGAUCCCACAUGCCGCGGAGCGGCUGGGUCCGUGAGCCAUGGCCGCUGAGCCUGCGCGUCCGGAGCCUGUGCGCCGCAAUGGGAGAGGCCACAACAGUGAGAGGCCUGCGUACCGAAAAAAAAAAAAAAUCCUUGUGGAUCUUGUUGAAAAAUGCAGAUUCAUUAUACUCAGGAAUCAGAGCUCAGAGUCUGGGGACAGGGCCCAGGAACCUUCAUUUUAACAAGAUUUUCGUGCACUCCAAACUUUGGGAACUAUUGGUCUGGGUACUGCUUCGACUUGACAAGGGGCCGUGGCAGUUUCUGAAAAGAGAAGCAAACAGGAUGUUGUGUGUCUCUUUUUGUUCAGCUUAUAAUGAAUUCUGUUUGUUGACUUAUUGGGACUUUCAAUUAUUUAUCAAUCCUUUGAGCUUUUGUGUAUAUCAUUAUCACUUCAAGGAAAAUACAUCAAGGAUUUUAA